GUAUUUCCCGCUGCUUCCGUAAAUUUUGCGCAGAGUGAAAUACGCUGCGUAUACGCCAGGUGGGAACGCACCCUUACUUUGCUUUUCUUUUUUCUGGAGGGGGCGUGUCUGUCUGUCUCUCUCACAAUGAUGACUCAUCUGCUCUGAGUCUCGGGAGCGAGCCUGGGCAGUCUGCAAAUCACUGCACUCUACUCUGUAACCCUUUCCUACACUCACAUAAUUCAUACAUACAGUACAUACACACUCCAAAAAUGGUCUGGACAAAAUUGUUGGCACCCUUUCAAAUUUGUGGAAAAAUAAGAUUGUUUCAAGCAUGUGAUGCACCUUUAAACUCACCUGGGGCAAGUAACAGGUGUGGGCAAUAUAAAAAUCACACCUGAAACCAGAUAAAAAGGAGAGAUGUUCACUUAGUCUUUGCAUUGUGUGUCUGUGUGUGUGCCACACUAAGCAUGGACAACAGAAAGAGGAGAAGAGAACUGUCUGAGGACUUGAGAAUCAAAAUUGUGGAAAAAUAUCAACAAUCUCAAGGCUACAGGUCCAUCUCCAGAGAUCUAGAUUUGCCUUUGUCCACAGUGUGCAACAUUAUCAAGAAGUUUGCAACCCAUGGCACUGUAGCUAAUCUCACUGGGCAUGGACGUAAGAGAAAAAUUCAUGUAAGGUGUCAACGCAGGAUAGUCCGGAUGGUGGAUAAGCAGCCCCAAACAAGUUCCAAAGAUAUUCAAGCUGUCCAUCAGGCUCAGGAAGCAUCAGUGUCAGCGCCAACUAUCCAUCGACAUUUAAAUGAAAUAAAACUCUAUGUCCCCGGAGGACCCCACUGCUCACACAGAGACAUAAAAACGCAAUACUACAUUUUGCCAAAAUGAACUUGAGUAAGCCAAAAUCCUUCUGGGAAAACAUCUUGUGGACAGAUGAGACCAAGAUAGAGCUUUUUGGUAAAGCACAUAAUUCUACUGUUUACCAAAAACAGAAUGAGGCCUACAAAGAAAAAAACACAGUACCUACAGUGAAAUAUGGUGGAGGUUCAAUGAUGUUUUGGGGUUGUUUCGCUGCCUCUGGCACUGGGUGCCUUGAAUGUUUGCAAGGCAUCAUGAAAUCUGAGGAUUAACAUCGGAUUUUGAGUCGCACUGUACAGCCCAGUGUCAGAAAGCUGGGUUUGAGUCAGAGAUCUUGGGUCUUCCAGCAGGACAAUGACCCCAAACAUACGUCAAAAAACACCCAGAAACAGAUGGCAACAAAGCGCUGGAGAGUCCUGAAGUGGCCAGCAAUGAGUCCAGAUCUAAAUCCAUUGAACACCUGUGUAGAGAUCUUAAAAUUUCUGUUGGGAAAAGGCGCCUUCCAAUAAGAGACCUGGAGCAGUUUGCAAAGGAAGAGUGGACCAACAUUCCGGCUGAGAGGAGUAAGAAGCUUAUUGAUGGUUAUAGGAAGCGACUGUUUUCAGUUAUUUUUUCCAAAGGGUGUGGAACCAAAGAUUAAGUUAAGGGUGCCAAUAAUUUUGUCCAGCCCAUUUUUGGAGUUUGGUGUAACAUUAUGUCCAAUUAGCUUUUUUUCCUCCCUUUUUUGGUUUAGUUCCAAUACACACAAAGGGAAUAAACAUGUGUAUAGCAAAACAUGUGUUACUGCAAUCCUUUUCUGUGAGAAAUACUUAAUUUCCCAGAAAAAUUUCAGGGGUGCCAACAAUUACGGCCAUGACUGUAACUUAUCCUGUACGGGGCACUGGCAGUCUACAUGAAGUGCCAUGCUGACCCUAGCAGGAAGCCACGGCAGACACUCCCCCUCUAUGUAUCUCUAUGGGAUACAUGGGGGGGCGUGUCGGCCACUGCGUCAUGCGUAGGCGGAACACCCCUUUCCUGUGGACUGCCGCGGCCCCAUUCAGGAGAUCCUUCGGAUAGAGGAUAAGUUAUAUUCCACUACAGUAUUCCUUUAAGGACACAGCCAAUUUUAUUUUCGCAUUUUCAUUUUUUCCUCCUCGGCUUCUAUAAAUCAUAACUCUUUUUUAUAUUUUCAUCCACAGACCCAUAAGAGGGCUUGUUUUUUGUGCAACCAUUUUUCCUUCGUAAUGGUAUCACUCAUUUUACCAUGAAAUGUAUGGCGCAACAAAAAAAAUAUUAUUUGUGUAGGGAAAUUGUAAAGAAAACCGCAAUUUUGCUAAUUUUGGAAGGUUUUGUUUUCACGCUGUACUCUUAAUGGAGAAUAUGACAUGUUUUCUUUAUUCUGGGGCUCAGUACAAUUUAAAUGAUACCCAAGGUUACACACUUUUCUAUUAUUAUGCAGCUUUAAAAAAAAAAAAAUCUCACUUUUUAAACAAAAUUAGCAUGCUUAAAAUCACUCUAUUUUCACCACCUAUAACUUUAUCGUUUUUCAGUAUACGGGGCUGUAUGAGGGCUCGUUUAUUGCGCCAUCAUCUGUUCUUUUAUCGGUACCACUUUUGCACAUAUGUAACCUUUUUUUAAUCGCUUUUUUUAUUUUAUUUUUUGGAAUGUGAUGUCACAAAAAAGCAUCAUUUUUGGAUUUUAGUUUUUUAACGUUUACGCCGUUCACCGUACAGGUUCAUUAACAUUAUAUUUUGAUUUUAUCUUAUUUUUUUAUAUUUUUGCGUAGGCAUAGCCCUGAUCAGUAUUAUGAUCGAUCUUCUUCUCUGGUCUGCUGGAUGUCAGACAAGAGGAGAAGACCCUGGAAUGAUGGCUGGAGCAGGUGCAAUCUGUAUUCCCAUGAGUGCUUCAUACAUCUUGACUGGAAAAUGGGCGCUCGGAAACAUUCUCUGCAAAGUCUGGUGGUGUAUCGCUCUCAACAGGGGAGCCGUAGCCAGACAGCAACUAAGAUGGCUGCUGUUUGGGUACUGUCCUUUCUUUUAUAUAGUCCAGCAAUUAUUUUAUGGGAAUAUAUUAAUGGAGACCCUCUCAUUCCUGAAGGCAUGUGUGUUGCUGGAUAUUAUUAUAGCUGGCACUUUCUUUUUGGAGCCUCGACCUUCGAUUUUUUUCUUCCAUUGAUAAGUAUAUUAUUCUUUAAUGUCAGUAUAUAUUGGAACAUUAAGAAGAGGAGUAAGAAAAAACAUCAGAUGUCAUCAACUACUCAUCUGUCGGAUCAGACUGGCUUGUGGAUCGGAGGGCUCGAUAUUAUAUCAAGAGUCAGGAAUGGAAAAGAAAGAAGAGAAGAAUCGGGGAGAUGUGUAUUUCAGCCGUCCCUAAGUAUUAUCUCCUCCUCAGAUAGGAGUGUCCAAGCUACCAAGCUCUCCAGGGAUAAGAAAGUUGCUCAGUCUCUCACAGUUCUGGUCUGUGUAUUUGGAAUUUGUUGGGCACCGUACACACUUCUCCAGACCAUCCGUGCAGCUUGUCAUGAUAACUGUAUUGAUUCUUACUGGAACCAAGUUACAAGUUGGAUGUUAUGGAUUAAUUCAUCAGUGAAUCCUAUUAUCUAUCCAUUGUGCCAUAAAAGCUUUAGAGAUGCUUUAGAAAAAAUGUAUAAGAAAUGUAAAUUUAGGCUCUGCUAAUUUUUAAGAAUAUUAAAUGCAGAUCAGUAGAAGAAAGGUGUUAGGUGCAUUAGGUUAGGAGUUUUUUUUUAUUAGAUCCAUGAAGGUAAUUUUUGUGCUUAAAUAAGAUGUAAUUUACAAUACUGAUUUCUUCUUGACAAGGAUGUCUGUUCUUCAGUAAGUUGUUGCUGUUUGUAAAUUUAAAGAAGCACUCUGGUAAAAAAAACAAGUGGAACACAAAUGUUUUCAAAUCAACUGGUGCUAGAAAGUUAAACAGAUUUGUAAAUUACUUCUAUGUAAAAAUCUUAAUUCUUCCAGUACUUAUCAGCUGCU